AUGGAUAGGAUUACACUGAAUCGACUGCGCGUAUACGAGGUGACGAUGCUCGAGGAGUUCAGGGGGAUGCGCAGGAUCGACCUCCUCCUGAUCCACAUAGUCCUGCAGCUCGGAGGCCCGUACAACGAUGCGCUCCAUGCCAUGUAUAGGAUUUCCGGAAACAUCCAGACGAGCAUCAGGAUCAUGAUGCACGGGGUCCACCUUGGCACGCCCCUGCAGGUGAAGCGGUACAUCCUACGGGAGUACAUCCAAGCCGAGGUUUACAUCAUCCAAGCUUUCCACGCCAUCCCUUCCCAUCAGGUCGACCCUGCGGUGUAUGAACAGACGCGACUUGAACUGGUUGACAUGGUGACGUACAUCAUCAAUGUGUUGGACAGUGACUAG